GAAAAUUCAAAUGGACGUUAACUCUGUCUAUAUUGACUACUACUCCUUCCUCUCGUUUGCUCUCAACCUGUCUUUCAUUAUGGCACCCUCACCAUCUUUCUAUUUCUAAAAAGGCUAGGAAAUACCAUCAUCACGACCUAAGGCUUUCGCUCGAUCAUUAACUAUCACACGGUACAAUACUCUCCUUUUGCUUACAUAUAGGAAUAAGUUGAGCAAUGGGUGGCGCACCGGGUUCGGUUGAGCCUAGGCAUAGGCUAUCUGCAUCAUUUGAAGAUUUAUACAAAAGAAGGUUAACAAGAUACAAAGUUAAAGGUGUUCAAAAGCCCUUCAACAUCCCCAUCCAAGAUAGAAGUUCUUGUUUCAAGUUCCCACUAAUCAAAUUAGUCCUUGUGGUCAUUAUCGGUGGCACUGUGGUAUCACUCUUAUACUCUCCAGAUGUUGAUCAACUAUCUCACCCAGGUUCAAGACAAAAUUUUGUGAACAGAUGGAUUUGGGGGGGAUUGGAUCCUAGAUAUGUAUCAGAUUUAGAUGUGAACUGGGAUGAUGUGAUGAAAGUCAUUGAGAAGCUUGGUGAAAAGAAUGACUAUCAGGGAAUUGGUCUUCUAAACUUCAAUAACAGUGAAAUCAGUUAUUGGAAGCACCUUAUGCCUGACGCUACACAUGUUGCUCUUCAACUAGACUAUGCUGACAAGAACAUGACCUGGGAUUCAUUAUAUCCAGAAUGGAUUGAUGAGGAACAAGAAAAAGAAGUUCCUGUUUGCCCAUCUCUACCGAAACCUGAGACUCCUAGAAAACGACUUGACCUCAUCGCUGUGAAGCUUCCUUGCAGAAAUGAGUGGAAUUGGUCGAGAGAUGUUGCUCGGUUGCACUUGCAGCUAGCAGCAGCUAGUCUUGCAGCCUCUGCCAGAGGGUUUUAUCCAGUCCAUUUGCUCUUUAUCACCGCGCGCUUUCCCAUACCGAACCUCUUCACUUGCAAGGAACUUGUUGUACGAGAUGGGAAUGUUUGGUUAUACAAGCCUGAUGUGAACGUUUUGAGAGACAAACUCCAGCUCCCAGCUGGCUCUUGUGAACUUUCACUUCCUCUCGGAGACAAAGCAGAACGGGCUUAUUCAGGGAAUCCACGUCGAGAAGCGUAUACAACGAUUCUCCAUUCUGCUCAUGUUUAUGUCUGCGGAGCCAUUGCUGCAGCACAAAGCAUUCGCUUGUCAGGCUCAACCCGAGACCUUGUCAUACUUGUUGACGAAACUAUCAGUGUUUACCACAGAAGUGGACUUGAGGCAGCUGGAUGGAAAAUCAGGACAAUUCAAAGAAUACGGAACCCAAAAGCUGAGAAGGAUGCAUAUAAUGAAUGGAAUUAUAGCAAGUUCCGGUUAUGGCAGCUGACAGACUAUGACAAGAUCAUUUUCAUCGAUGCUGAUUUACUUAUACUUAGGAACAUCGAUUUCUUAUUUGGCAUGCCAGAAAUAUCCGCAACAGGGAACAAUGCUACUCUUUUUAACUCGGGUGUGAUGGUCAUUGAGCCUUCAAAUUGCACAUUCAAUCUUUUGAUGGAACAUAUUAACGAGAUCGAAUCCUAUAAUGGUGGAGAUCAAGGCUAUCUGAAUGAGAUCUUUACAUGGUGGCAUCGUAUUCCAAAACACAUGAACUUCUUAAAACAUUUCUGGAUUGGUGAUGAGGAAGAGGUUAAGCAAAAGAAAACUAGCCUUUUCGGAGCCGAGCCUCCAAUUCUCUAUGCCCUUCACUAUCUUGGUGUAAAGCCAUGGUUGUGCUUCCGAGACUACGAUUGCAACUGGAAUGUGGACAUAUUUCAAGAGUUUGCAAGUGAUAUUGCUCAUGAAAAGUGGUGGAGAGUGUAUGAUGCAAUGCCUGAGCAGUUGCAUCAGUUUUGUUCCUUGAAAUCGAAGCAAAAGGCACAACUAGAAUAUGAUCGAAAAGAAGCUGAGAAGGCAAACUACACAGAUGGUCAUUGGAAAAUCAAAGUUCAAGACCGUCGCUUAAAGAAAUGUAUUGACAAUGUCUGCAACUGGAAGAGUAUGUUAAAACACUGGGGCGAGACGAAUUGGACUGAUGAUGAAUUUCUUAAUCCAUCACCACCAGCUAUUAGCACAGCAUCUCUUUCUGGCCUGUGAAUUAUCAUUUCCCAUUAGUCUCACCAUAUUCAUAUGCCUCUUUAGUAUAAACGAAUCACCCCUCUCCUUUUUCAAAGCAUAAAUUUCAAGACCACUCUGUGUUCGAGAUAGAAUAUCCAUUUCAUGUUUCUGUAGCCUGAGUUAGAAACAGAUUUGAGAGAGUUAUUUGAUUUUUGUUCUUUAUACUAGUGCAACUUUCCCAUAAUUCCAUUACUCAUGCUGUUUUAUUCACAGAAA